AUGUGUACAAUGAUGGUCCAAGUCCUUUGGGGAUGUUUUCUCCUGUGGAAUGUCUACAUCUCAUCUGCCUGGAUCACACACCCUGGAAUCAAGGCAAGGGCUACUCAGAGGGCUCUGGACUAUGGCGUUCAAGCUGGGAUGGAGAUGAUUGAGCAAAUGGCCAAAGAAAGAAAUCUUCCAGAUUUAAAUGGUUCUGAAUCUCUUGAAUUUCUGAAGGUUGAUUAUGUGAACUACAAUUUCUCAAACAUAAAAAUCCAUGCCUUUUCAUUUCCCAACACAUCAUUAGCCUUUGUGCCCGGGGUGGGAAUCAAGGCACUGACCAACCAUGGCACAGCCAACAUCAGCACAAACUGGGAAGUCAAGUCUCCACUUUUCCAAGACUCAGGAGGAGCUGAUUUAUUUCUCUCUGGGGUCUACUUCACGGGUAUUCUUAACCUAGCCCGAAAUGACUUUGGUCAACCAACUGUGGAACUCCAAGACUGCCAUGCCCAAGUGAGCCACGCCCACGUCUCAUUCUCUGGAGAACUCAGUGUCCUGUAUAACUCCUUUGCUGAGCCCAUGGAGAAACCCAUUUUAAAGAACUUAAAUGAAAUGCUCUGUCCCAUUAUCACAGGAGAGGUGGAAGCACUGAAUGCCAAUCUCAGCAUGCUGGAGGUUUUAACCAAGAUUGACAACUAUACCCUGCUGGAUUAUUCGCUAAUGAGUUCUCCAGAAAUUACUGAGAACUACAUUGACCUGAAUUUGAAGGGCGUAUUCUAUCCACUGGAAAACCUCACCGACCCGCCCUUCUCCCCAGUGCCUUUUGUGCUCCCAGAACGCAGCGACUCUAUGCUCUACAUUGGAAUCUCCGAAUACUUCUUUAGAUCUGCAUCCUUCGCUCAUUUUGCAGCUGGGGCUUUCAAUGUCACUCUCUCCACAAAAGAGAUUUCCAGCCAUUUGGUUCGAAACUCUCAAGGCGUUGGCAACAUUCUCUCCCGGAUUGCGGAGAUCUACAUCUUGUCCCAGCCCUUCAUGAUUCGAAUCAUGGCCACAGAGCCUCCUGUGAUCAGUUUGCUACCGGGGAACUUUACCCUGGACAUCCCUGCUUCCAUCAUGUUACUCACGCAGUCUGAGAAUUCGACUGCCGAGAGCAUCGUUUCCAUGGACUUUGUCGCUAGCACCAGUGUCAGCCUGGUUAUUCUGGGACAACGACUGAUCUGCUCCCUGUCUCUGAACAGGUUCCGCCUCUCUUUGCCAGAAUCCAAUCACAACAAUAUUGAGGUCUUGAGGUUCGAAAAUAUUUUGUCCUCCAUCCUCCACUUUGGCGUCCUCCCACUGGCCAAUGCAAAACUGCAGCAAGGAUUUCCUCUGCCCAGCCCAGACAAAAUCUCAUUCGUCAAUUCAGACGUUGAAGUCCUUGAGCAUUUCCUUUUGAUUUCCACUGACCUGAAGUAUGAAACACCAGUAAAACAGCAACCAAGUUUCUAUGGUUGGGAAGGUCUGAAUCUCAUAAAUGGACAGUGGAGGGGAAAACCAGUGCCCUGA